AUGAUUUCUAUUGAAGAAGAUAAACAAUUUUUAAUUAAUCAAAGGAAAAAGGGACGGCCAGGAUUUAUGUACGGAAUCGAUCUCAAGGAAUUUAAAAUAACAACAAAAAGAAAAACAAGAAUUAUGGAACGAAGAGAGGCAGACGUGAUGAGAAAAGAGCAAAGCGAUCGUGAAGUUGAACAAAUGAUGCAAACUGCCGAAUUGGUCUCAACCUCAAGCAGCAUUUUAGAAUCAGAUGUGAGUGUAGUACCAGUUGCUGGAACAUCCACUGCUAAUAUUGUGAUAGAACAUACUUCCCCAGAAGAUAUGGAAUUUGCAUCCCUUUUAUCAGAAUCACCAAGAGCAAAAAGGAAGAGAGGAUUUCGUAACAUAAUGACAACGAAGCUAUGUGCGGCUUUAGAUAAACGUAAAAUUUCUGACAGGGAUGCAGUUCAUAUUCUGAUUGCUACAAUCGAGGCAUUGGAUCUUGAUGUCCAGGAGUUUAUCAUAAACAGAAGUUCCAUUCAUUUUUAUAGAGAAAAAAUACGCAAAGAGAAGGCAUCUAAAAUUAAAAAGUACUUCAAAGACACUAAAUUACAAGCUGCUGUCGUGCAUUGGGAUGGUAAAUUACUUCCAGCAUUAACAGAAACAGAACAAAAUGCUCUUUGUGAUAUUUGUAUUUUUAUUGUGAGUGUGUAUAUCGAAGCAUGGUUUUGUGCGCCUUCUGCUGCCAAAGCACCAUAUCAAGAUUUCACGGUUCUUUCAAAACUUUUUGCAUAUCAAGCUAUCGAUCGUGAUAUCUCUCAAGUUGCUUUACAAAAACUAAGCAAUCAUUUAUGGUAUUUAAGCCCUGAAGUUGUCGCAUUAGCUUUCUUUGAUCCAAAUGUGCCAUUUGAAUCGAAAAUAAAAAUGGUCAAUGCUUUAAAUCGCGAAACAGAAUUAUUAAUCAAAAAUGAGAAGCGAAUACAAAUACAAAUCGAUGAAAUCCCACCAAUUAUCAACGACAGAAUUGAACAAUUCGUUACCUCCGAAACUAGAGAAUUUUUCAAAAGAUUUGAAUUGGAUGAUGAAUUCCUUAUGACAGAUCCGUUGACGUGGCAUCAAAAUGAAUGUUUUGUAAAAGGUCUGGAAUUAGUGAAUAAAUUGAAAGUUGUAAAUGAUUCGGCUGAGAGAGGGGUGUGA